UAACUGUAUAAUGAUAACAAAAAUGUAAACAUAUAAUUAUUGAUAACAAAUUUAAAAUAUUAAAUGUUUAGAAUAUGUUACAUUUUGCACUGGACAUCUUAUAGAAAAUUUUGAAUGAAGAAAAUGUUUAUGUUAUAAUUUAUUGUAUAUAAAAACAUAGGAAUAAAACGUUUUUAUAUUUUACUUGACCUGAUCUAACAAUUUAAUUGUAUAAAAUUUAGAGUUAAUGGUUUGAAUUAAUUUGAGUUUAUUAAAUUUUAUUAAAAUAAGUUUGAAUUGAUAGCAGAUUAAUACAUUUUAGAAAUUUAGUUUACAAUAUGAAUUUAUUUAAAAUUAACUAUAUUACCCUUACUACUUAAAUCACAAUAAUUAAUUUUAACAUAAAUAAAAAUAUUUAAAUGAGUACUAAAGUAGAAUUCUCUAUUAAACAAAACACUUUUCAUGAUAAAAAAUGGUUGAAAGUAGAACUUCACGAGGCAUUGGAUGAACACUGUCUUAAUAACUACUGGAAUGAAAUGAUAGAAGAUUCUGAACUAGUUCCCAUUAACACAGAUAACAAUAAUACAAAACAAAAAAUAGAAUAUUUGUGUAAUGAUAAAAUUGGUCUUUGGGCUCCUAAUUGCUGUAUAGAAGAAGAAGAUAAAUUAGACACUUGUGUCUUAUGUCAUUCUAAUAAUGUAUAUGAAAUGCAUAGUUCUAAGCAACUCUUUGAGUCAAUUGUGUGGAAAUCAAAUUGUAAUGAAGAUGAUAUAAUUUCAUUGAUCACACAUUUAACUGCUGAACAAAGAAAACUUUGUGAAAAUAUUUGCUAUUCAACCUUAUUUUUUAAUCGAACUCAACUACGAAUGACAAUUGCUUCUCGUUAUUUUGGAGCUUUUUAUCGAGAUUUAUUUUUUCAAUUUAAAACAGAACCACAUAACAGUUUAAAUGCAAUAUCAAAAAACAUUACUAAUACUGAAAUUAUAAAAAGGAACAAUAAAGACGAAGAAAAAAAUUCUUUGUUUGCUAAAAUUGGUACACAGACAGCAUUGAAUUUUUCAUUUGGAUUCCUAGUCAGUACAUGGCGAUCAGGAAACAAUUCAGAUUUGUGUACACAAAUGUUAAAAGAAUCAUUAUCUUCAUUACAAAGUGUUCCUGAACAGUAUCUUAUUAAUAAAAAUAGUAUACCCAAGUAUUGGAUUGAAACUUUGGAGAGAUCAACAAAGUUCCUUUUUCAAGUUGUGAAUGGAAAUGUUACUUUGUCUGAUCCAAAAAUCAUUAAUGCCAACCAAAUUCCUGAUAUAGACCGCCAAUUAGCUUUAUGCCUCUCAUUAGAAUUAGGCAUUCAAAGAAAGUCCUUAUGUCAGUUAUUACAAUGUGUUCUUAUGUUUUUUGAUUUAGGAUCAUCUUGCAAUAAGUUUUUCAGUGCAUAUUUAUGUAACUCGGUAACAGUUACAGUUAGACGUUUGAAUUGGUUUGUAAAAAAACUUCAAAAAGACACUAAUAUUAAUGAAGAAUACAAUGACUAUGCUAUGGUUACUAAAAGUUUUUUAAGAUUAUACGGCUGUUCUUUAGAUCCAGAACCUAGUGAUAUGAAACACACUGCUGUAACAGUUUUAGCUUUAUUAGAUCAAAUUGCUUCUGUUUUUUUGAAUAAUCAAAAUGCUAAAGAAACUAAAAAUGUCAAAAUUUUUGUACAAUAUUGGGGUAAACCUUUCCAUUCUGAAACUAAAAAGAAAGUAAUUUCUGCAUUAGAACAACUGUCUAUAGUUUCCGUUGUUGGAUCAAGAAAUGAAAUCUUAGCUCUUACCUCUCAUGGCACUCUACAUUUUAUUAGUUAUUCUUCUGAUUCAACGAAUUUUGAAGAAAAACAGUUAUUAAAUGUUCCUAUCAAAUCAAUUGAUGCUUAUGAUGAAACCUUUAUGGCUAUUACUAAAAAGGGAGAGCUUUAUUCAUGGGGUAUAAAUGAGUUUGGUGCUCUUGGACAUGGUCAAAAGUAUUCAACAAUUACAUUGCCUGAACAAAUUUUAAAUCUUCCUAAAAUUGAAAUGGUGUCAUGUGGUAAAGAUUUUAGUGCUGCUAUUACUGAAGAUGGUAAGAUAUACAUGUGGGGCAAAAUAAAAUGUGGAUCACAUACCUGUUGCUAUACCCCUGAAUUAAUAAAAUCUAUAACAGAUUGGCGUAUAACAAAAAUAUCUUGUGGUGCAUCUAUAAGAAAUACUUUAGCUUUAUCUAAAGAAGGCAUGGUGUUUUUAUUUGAUUACAGUAAUAAUGAAAAAGGAUUGGAUGAAAAAUCAUUAAAUAUAGUACCUACUAUGAUCGAUUUUGACUAUGAAAUAAUAUCAAUAUACUGUAAUAAUGGCAUGAAUGCAGUGAUUGAUUGUGUCAAAAAUGUAUUUACUUGGGGUGUUGGACAUAAUAACCAAUUGGGCCAUAAUAAUUCAUAUCGAGUUAAUAGACCCAAAGAAGUAAAAUUUUUGACAGGUAAAAAUGUAAUAUCAUUAUCAUUAGCUGACAAUUAUACUUUAGCAUUGACUGAUACUGGUCAAGUUUAUUGCUGUGGCUUACUAGAUAAUGACAAUUUAACUGACUGUAGACCAGUAGAAUGUCUUAUUAAUAAAAAAGUUAAUAAAGUAAUUUGCUGUUUAAAUCAAUGUUUUGCAUGGUAUGAAAAAGAAAAUUUUGAUAUUGAAAAUUGUUCACUAUUUGUAACUGAUUUACAAGUACAAACUUUGAGUACAUUGGAACAACUUCUACAUAAUGAAUACAAAGAGUAUAAACUUAACAUUUAUUGGCCACCAUCUCAACAACAAGAAUGUGUAUUGAUAACUAUUUUACAUUUACUUACUAUACAAUUUCAAUUAAUUAUUUCUAAUAAUAUAAAUGUUGAUACGGUUGGGCUUAUGAGUAAUUCAAAAAUAUUAUUAAGUAUUCAACAUAUUACUACUGAAUUAGCAUCAAAUUCUAAAGUUAUCAAUACAAUUAAAGUAGCUGCUCAAAAAGUAUUAGAAGUUGGAUGGCAUAUAUUAUUUCAAACUCCAAUUGAGAGAGCUAAAAUUUUGAGUACUAUUCUUCAACCAAUGACAUCCCCUAACAAUGAUAUGCUAAUGAGUGGAAAUCAAGAAUUUAUGAUAAAUCUUAUAACAAGUAGUUUACUUGGCGAUAAUAUUCUCCAUUCAUUUAUACAAAGUGCUAUUGAAAGUGAAAAAAUAAAAAAUGUUGAAGUUUCAAAACAAAAUUUAGAAGAAUCAAAUUUUUCCUUAUUUUUUAUUGUUUCUCAGCUUCUUAAUAAUUAUUUUACAAGUAUUUCAAUUCAAAUUCAAACAAUGAGAUUGCCUGCAGUUAAUUUUAAUCAGUCUCCAAGCUUAAAAUUUAUUGUAACUUUUCAGCGUCUAAUUAUAAUGUUUCUGUAUAAACCUAAGGAAUUUAAAUCUAAUUAUAAAACAGAUCAAUAUAUUGAAUGUGCAGAAUCACUUUUUUUGAAAUAUUUAAAACAUUUUGUCAAACGAUACUGUCAAGCUAUUAAAUUAGCUACUAUAGUAGCUGGUCGUAGUUCCAAACAUCAUCAUAUAGUUAACAAAAUUAUUAGUAUCACUGGUUUUGAUAAAUUAUUCUUGGAACUUCUAAUAAGUUUAAUCAUGGUUCACAAAAAAAACCCUUUACUUCUUAGACACCUAGAUUGGUAUAGUCUAUUUUCACCUCUACUUAGUACAUUAGAUUCAUUUAAUUUAAUGACAACUAACUUAGAACGCGAAGAAGAUGAUAAUUUGUCUUGGCCAGAAUUUUCAAACUAUUCUUGUAAUACAUGGUACAAAAACACUGAAGAUGUUUUGUUAAUACGUAAAGCUGAUUUAGAAAACCAUAAUAGGAAUGGAGGUCAUUGGGUUGUUUUCAAUAAAAAAGUUUAUGAUAUUCAAAACACAAGUGAUAUUAUUUCAUUUACAAACUUAAUACAUUCAUCAUCAAUUAUGGAACAUAUACUUACUGAAAUGCCAGAUGAGAUCUUGCAAUCAUGUUUUGUUGGAAAUUAUUUAGAUACUGAAGAAGAUAUUGUUGAGCCCAUAACAUCCAUUUUAUCAGAAUCUCUUUUACUAGACAUUGAAAGAACUUUAGGAUUUUUACUAGGUCUUCAUUCACAUUGUCUUACUACCGUAUGUCCUAUUAAUGACAGUUAUAAUAAUUUUAAAGGUUGGUCUCAAAUUCUCCAAUCUGGUCUAGACUUUAGUAACAGAAAAGAUUAUGAUGAGUGCUCAAAUAUCAUUAUUAAAAUGUAUAAAACUAACUCUAGAACUAUUGACAGUCAUAUUCAAUAUAAUUGUGACCAUCCCGUAGAAGAAAUACUUAGGAUUGUUGCUAAAGUAUUAGUUAAACACUUAGAUUUAGUAAAACAUGAAGUUAUUUCUAAAGAUAAAUCUAUUCCAUUUGACACAGUUAUUAAAAUAUUUAGUCAAAUAAAAAUUCAAAUUCUUAAAAUCAAACAAGAUAAUAAUUUGAAUUAUAAAGAAGUUUGCAAUCCAAUAUUGGAACGAUGUAGAUUUUUACUUAAUGAAAUAGCUCCUAUUUUAUCACAUAAAGUUACCAUUGCUGAAAAAUUUCCUAUUAUAAAAGUGGAAUCACAUUGGAAAAAUAUAAUUAACUCUGUAAUUUCCAGCAUUAAAACUAAUAAAAAUAUAAAAAAUCAUAAGGCUCGUAAUCAAAAUUUACCAUUGUAUCACAAUCCAAAUAUUAAUGAGCAUAAUUCAACAAAUAACUGUGCUAAAAAUCAAAGCACUUAUUCAAAACAAACUGAAAUUACAACAGAAGGUACUAAUACUGAUUUAAAAAUAACAUAUGAUGAAGAGAAAGAAAAUAAAAAAGAGAAACGUAUUAAUAUUAGUAAAAUUAUUUUAUCAUUCAUAUUGUCAAAUGUUAAUAUUGAUGAUCUAAGAAAUUUAAUGCAUGCAGAAGUUGAUCGAUGUUACAUAAUAAAAUCUGGUUUUGAAUUAAUAAAUAAAUUAUUUAAAAACCCUUCCAUGAUUAAGUCUGUAAAAUAUUGUAUCUUAACUGGAUGGUUAUCAAAAGUAUCUAAUAACAUGUCAUCUAGUAUUUGUCAUGAUGUUGAAUAUGCAGCAGUACCAUUAAAACUGAAGUUACUUAUAACAAAAUGUGAUUUUAUGCGGUGUUUUUUAGACCAAGUUAAACAUAUUGUCUUUAAUAUAGGACAAAUACAAAAAUCAAAUAAUGUUAGAGAAAAAAUAUUAAGUGUUAAAAAGAUGGUUUGGUGCAGAUUUGCAAUUGCAACUUUUGGGUCAAUCACUCGCGUUCUUAAUGGAAAAGAAUCUAAUAUUUUAAUAAGCUGCAGCAUUUUAUCCACAAUUAAUUCAGUUAUCAAUUUACUUGAUCUUACUACAACCCAGCCAUCAGAAAUAACUAAUAUAAAACAAGUUAUAUAUGAAGAAGAUUUAAAUAAAACAAAAAGCUUAAAGGGAGCUGAAAUUAUACCAUAUUUAAAAUUAGGAACAAGAGUAGUAAGAGGAGAAGACUGGAAAUGGGACAAUCAAGAUGGUUCAACACCUGGUGAAGGCCAAAUUGUAAGUAAAGUUGGUGAUGAUGGUUGGGUUAGAGUUCUUUGGGAUCAUGGAGUUUCUAACUCAUAUAGAAUGGGUAAAGAAGGAAAAUAUGAUUUAAAACUUGCUCCUGGUUUAGAGACAAAUGAAGAAAAAGCUGAUAGUAAUGUAUCUUUCACAAAUGAUGGUGGAAUUUUAGAAAAUGCUAUGGAAAAUCCUUUUGAAGUGCUUAAAUAUGUGAUGAUCAAAUUUCUUAAUUGUUUAGCAUUAUCAGUUGCAAUUUUUCCAAAAAAUAAUGAAAAUUCUGUUCAAAUAUUAUCAAAGUAUUUUUACAGUACACUUAAGAAAAACUGGCCAAAGAGCAAUUUUUCAAAUUCAACUAAUUUUCAUUUAGAAUGGGUCAAUAUUCCUUUAUUGAAAAUCAUUACUACUGUAUCACAUGAAUUUAAAUACCAAUUAUCAUGUAAACAGUGGGUUAAUGUGCUUUUAACAUUUGUUUCUCCAUCAUCAAACUGCACAAAUUUAAUAAUUAAGAUUCAAGCUUUACAACUAAUAAAAACUCUAGUAACAUCAAAUACUAUUGAUUCAUCAACUAUUACAACUAUUGUUGAAGCUCUUUUGGAAAUAAUUGGAUCAACUGUCAUGCAAAAUAAUUCUAAAUAUGACAUUAUAGAUGGUAAACCAUCAGUACCGCUUACUGCUUCAUAUUCCACCACUUUAGCUGAAGAAUGUAUAUUAUUAUUACGCACUCUACAUAAUAUUUCAAGACAAAUAAAUGAACCAGAUUCACCUUCUUACUUUGAUUCAACACUUAUGUUGAACUUAAUAACAGCUACGGAAUAUUUAAGUAAUCCUGUGCUUGAAAAAAGUCCAUUUAAAUCUCAAGGAUUAUCAUAUACUUCAAUGGCAUCAUUGAUGGUUGUCGGUGGAUACGAUAAUCGCCCUAGAAUUGGGGGAGAUAUUAUUUUUAAAGAUAAUAUUAAAGCCACGGUGUUAGAAAUUGAGAAAAAAGGUAAACUCAAAGUACUUGUUCAUAGUUCUGCAAAAAUUGACAGUUUUUUCAUAAAAGAUGUUGAAAAUAUUCCAACUUGCAAAAUAGCUAUGGAUUUCAUGGUAGAAUCUAUGAUUGAUACAUGGGCAAAAAUGUUCUCAGUAGUAAUUAAUAAUCAAUUGUUUAAAACAGUUACUGGGGGUUCUGUUAAUGAAUCUUUUCUUAACUACCAAAAAGCAUUAUUAGCUGGUAUAAAAGUAGUAAAUAGUCUUCUUGAAAACCGAGUUUUACUACGUAAAAUUAUGAUUAAACCAAUACAUAAUGAUGUAAAGUCUAAAAACCUAUUUCAACACAUCUUGUCUAAAGCAGUACAACCUUCACCGAUAAAGCCAGAAUAUUCUAAAAAUGAAUUGGAAGAAGCUGCAAUUAAUUUAACACAAUAUCUUACAUCAAAUAUGCAGUCUUUUAAUGCAAGGCAAUUUAAAUAUUCUAAAUAUUUUUCAAAAAGCACUUUAAACAUGCUGUUAGCUCAAUUAUCUGACAUGGGAUUUAACAAACAAAGUGUCUUCAGUGCUAUAGAAGCUCAUGGUUAUACAACUCUUGAUACAUUGGUUUCUUUAUUGAUGGAAGGAAAAAAUGAAAAUCUUUCUGAUGUUACUGAUACUUUCUCCUCAUAUGAAGAUUACUCUGAUAGAGAUGAAGCUUCAUUUACUGAAGAAUGUACAGAUCUCCCUAUAAAUGAAGAUAAAGUUGUUUUUAAAAAGAGAAUAGAUUUUGACAGUGCAGAUAGUUAUGCAAAAUAUGUCCAAUCUGCUGUAGAUGUUGGAAUGAUUGUUCGCUGUUGCAGGGAAUAUGAAAGUAUUGGUAUUGGUAGUGAGGGCAAAGUAAUAAAAAUAAUGAGACAAGGAGGCCUUCAUGAUCUUAAUGUUAAAGUAGAAUGGAAAACUAUUGGUAUAGUCUACUGGGUGCGGUACAUUCACAUAGAGUUAAUAGAUUUUGGUACAUCAUCCAUUGACUAUACACUAAUAGAUAACAAUAAACAAAUAGAGAAAGUAAAAUUAUCAAAUGACAAUAUUGAAGAGAAAAAUGUACAAACAUUUUCAAAUUAUCCAAAUAAAGAGGAAAUAUCAAAAUUUAUUGCUAAUUAUUCAUCAUCUGCAGAAGAAAAUAUUUUAUCCCAUUUAUUUGAUUGGAAAUCUGAUAAUAAUUGGAUUAGUGAAAAUCCUAAAGGAAUUCAUUGGAUAAAAUUGGAAUUUUUAUCAAACAUAGCUAUUUGUUCCUUAAUCAUAAAAUUAAAUGAAGAGAAUGAACAAUAUAAACCUAUACUUAUUAUAGUAAAAGGUGGCGUUUCUUUUAAUAUUAUGGAAGAAAUAAAUAGAAUCACGGUUAAUCCUUUAGAUAAAUGCUUACAACUAUUAAAUUAUACAAAUAAGUGUCAUCAAUGUAUUGAGAUAACAAUGCGUACUAAUGAUUCCACAUGUAUUGUCAAUAGCUUAAAAAUUGAUGUUACAUUAUCAAAUGAAGAAAGCAUUCCAAAUUCAUUAGUAUCUAAUUUUGAAACAGUUCAAGAAUUUCCACCUUUACCCGAAUCUGAAAAUAAGAUAAAAGUAGAUUCAGAGUAUGCUGUUUUUGUUUGGGGAUUAAAUGAUAAGGGUCAACUUGGAGGCUUAAAUGGUUCAAAAAUAAAGAGACCAACAUUUAAUGAAGCCCUUACAGCUCUUAAACCAAUUGAAAUUAUUGGAGGAUCGAAAUCUUUAUUUCUUGUUUCAAAUGAGGGCAAGGUUUUUGUUUGUGGUGAUAGUAGUGGUGGUCGACUAGGUAUUCCAUUUUGUGGUAAAGUUACAUUACCUCGACAAAUACCAGGACUUAGCCAAUUUGUUAUUAGAAUUGUAGCAGUACAUUCUGGAGGAAAACAUGCUAUGGCUUUAUCUCUUGAUGGAAAAGUGUUAUCAUGGGGAGAUGGAGAAGAUGGUAAACUUGGACAUGGUAAUACUACAACUCUAGACUCGCCAAAAAUCAUUGAAACACUACUUGCAAAAAGAGUAGUCUAUAUAGCAUGUGGAAGUGCUCAUAGUGCUUCAAUUACUUCUGAUGGAGAACUUUAUACUUGGGGUCAAGGCCAAUAUGGUCGUUUAGGACAUGGAGAUGAAAUUUCUCAAUAUACACCAAAACUUGUCAAAGAACUUAUUGGGAGAAAUAUUAUUCAAGUGGCUUGUGGUAGCCGUGAUGCUCAAACUCUUGCAUUAGACUAUGAUGGUAAUGUUUAUUCGUGGGGUGAUGGUGAUUUUGGUAAACUUGGUAGAGGAGGUAGUGAUGGUUGCAGUACUCCUCAAAAAAUAGAAAGACUAGUUGGACACAGAAUUGUACAAAUCGAAUGUGGCGCCCAGUUUUCAGUUGCAUUAACUGCUACUGGACAAGUAUGGACUUGGGGUAAAGGUGAUUAUUAUAGACUUGGUUUAGGGAAUGAUGAACAUGUCAGAAGACCAACACUAGUUAAUCAGUUGAAAUUAGUAACAGUAGAUUAUAUAGCUGUUGGAACUUUACAUUGUAUUGCAGUGUCUACACAAGGAGAGGUCUAUUGUUGGGGUGAUAAUGAUCAUGGGCAACAGGGAAAUGGUUCUACAUGUGCAAACCAAAAACCUAAAAUAGUUACUAAUUUUAACAAUAUUAAAGUGAAUCGUGUUGGAUGUGGAUCUUCUCAAUCUAUUGCAUGGAAAUGUCCAGAGCUACCAUUAUUAAUGUCAGAUGAACCUAUUCAAUUUACACGACUAAAAGAUUCUAUGGGUGCAACUACUUUAAAUCAAAAUGAAAAUAAUAAAAUAAAUAAUGAAGAUGAUCAAAAUAAUAUUGAAAGAGAUUCAUUAUCUAGAACAAUAUUAUCAUUAGAUUCAGAUGCAGCUAAGCAAAAUGCUUUGCAACAUGUUUUAAAUGCCUUACGAAUUACUUUAGCCCGAGAAAUUGUCUUAGCUACUCUAAUGUCAAAUUCUGAUAUUGAUAUAAAAAUAUCUGAAGACAUUAUCAAAUCAGAUCAAGGAGGUGGCGAAGCACCAGCUCCUAUUUCAGAAGCAGACCCAUUUCUCAUGAACCAAGUUAUUACACCUGACAGUAUAGAAAGCUCUCUACAAAUGCAUUCAUCACUCACUGCUUCAGCUAGUACAUUAUCUUCCAAAGCUACAAAUACUAUGUCCAUAGUAGCAGCUACUAUAAAAUCAAAGAACCAAGUGAUUGGUUUAAAUGACUCAUCAUUACUAAAUCUAAAAAAAAUUGAUGAAUUCUUGAAUGUUUUAAAUGAAAAAGAUAUUAGACUUUUAUUAGAUUUGUUAAAGUUAGCAUUUGUCAAUAGAUUUAGUUCUAAUGCUGAUAAAGUAUUGAUUAAUACAUUGAUUGCUUAUAUACAUGCAAAUUUACACGUAAAUUUAUUAUUGGAAUACUGUGUAUCAGAAAUGGAAGCAAUUUAUACUCAUUGUUCAUUUUUGGUAUCUCCACCUUCAAAGCAUGUUGUACAAGAAAGUACUCAUCCAUAUCAAGAUGAUUCUUAUCUUUCUGGAUAUGUGUCUAUACCAGGUGCUAUUGCAUUAUACAUAGAGUUUAAUCCAAAUUGUUCUACUGAAAAACUUAAAGAUACCUUAACAUUAAUGGAUGGAUCUGAAAAUGUAAUUAGUGUACGAUCAGGCAGGGAUUCUGAAUGGUCCACUCCGUUAUUUGUUCAACGUGAUGAACUUCAUUGGAAGUUUAUGAGUGAUAAAUCAGUAAAUGGUUGGGGUUGGCGAUUUGUGGUUUAUCCUAUAAUGCCUUUAACAAGACAAAGUGGUACUGAUCGUGAAGUCUUUUCCAGACCAUGUUUGCCUAUAGUUCAAAAUUUGCUGCAAGAAUGUUUUAAAAGACAGAAUAAUAUUCCACUUACGAAACGAUUAACUGCUACAUUAAUGCUUUCAUUGCAUUUGACAACAUUAACUCUUGAAGAAAGAAUCUGGUGUGUUAACAUUCUUAGUGAGAUAUUUAAAUGCUAUUCAAAUUUAGCAUAUGAACUUCUUAUUUUACCUUAUGGUGAAAGUGGGGUUGCUGAUAUAUUAGUUCGUACUGAACGAUUAAUGUUUAAGCAAUUUGAAUAUGAAGAAGCUGCUGUCUUAUCAGGCAAACAACUCUGCUUUUCGGAGUAUUUUAAAUCACUGGUGAUUAUGAUGAAAUGGCUUAAUAGUAGUUUAAGUAGUUGGCAUUUUGAUGCUAGUUGGUUUGUUGAUUACUGUUAUGGGAGUGAUGUAGCAAAUUCGUUAAUUAAACGUGAACCUAUGCCAGAAGAAUUUAUUAAUCAAGUACAUAAAAAAGUUGAAACUUUAGACAAAAAUUAUAAAAAAGACUCAAAAAAUGCCUUUUUAAACAAUUCCAUUUUCACUAAAGAACAUGAUGAGCAACUUCUUCUAUGGUUAAAUAGUAAACCUGUUGAUUGGAACAUGACAUGGGGUGGAAAUGGUCAUGUAGUUUAUGUUUGGGGUCACAACCAUAGAGGUCAGUUAGCAUGUAUUGAUUCCAGUCAAGUAAAAAAACCCUUAAAUUGUGAUGCUCUGUCUGUUUUGAAGCCUAUUCAAGUUAUUGGUGGAGAGCAAACAAUGUUUGCUGUAACUCCAUAUGGGAAAGUUUAUGCUUCUGGCUACACAGAAAAUGGACGUCUUGGUAUAGGGCCGUAUAACCCUAAGAAUCCUUAUGUUGUAACUCCUCAACUAGUACAAGGACUUAACAAUAUCAUAAAAGUUGCUGUAAAUUCAGGAGGACGACAUUGUUUAGCAUUAUCUUCAAAUGGAGAAGUAUUUGCUUGGGGUGAUGGAGAUGAUGGUAAACUAGGAUUAGGAAAUAGAGUUUCUUAUGUUAAACCUCAAUUAGUACAAGCUUUAAAUGAUAAAUAUAUUAUUGAUAUUGCUUGUGGAGGUUUUCACUCAGCUGCUAUAUCUCAAUUAGGCCAUUUAUAUACAUGGGGAAAAGGUCGUUAUGGUCGUUUGGGUCAUGGUGACUAUGAAGAUUACUUGUAUCCGACAUUGGUGCAAAGCUUAAUAAACUACCAUGUAUUAAAAGUAGCAUGUGGUAGUGGUGAUGCUCAAACUUUGUGCAUUACAUCUGAUGAUAAUGUUUGGUCAUGGGGUGAUGGGGACUAUGGUAAAUUAGGACAUAAUAUAUCAGAAUCAUGCAAAUUACCAUGUAAAAUUGAAUCACUUUCUGGGAAAGGAAUUAUUCAAAUAGAUUGUGGCUCUCAAUUUUCUGUUGCUUUAUCAUCUAAUGGUACAUUAUACACAUGGGGAAAAGGAGAUUACUUUAGACUUGGUCAUGGUUCUAAUGAUCAUAUACGAAAACCAAAACCUGUAAGCGGACUGCAUGGAAAGAAAAUUAUACAAUUUUCAACAGGGUCCCUCCAUGUAUUAGCACUAACUGAUGAUGGAGAAGUUUUUGCAUGGGGUGAUAAUGAUGAAGGUCAGUUAGGAGAUGGUACAACACAUCCAAUUUCAAGACCUCGUCCAAUUACUGCUCUUAAAGGUAAACCAAUACAACAAGUAAGUUGUGGCUCAGCACAUUCAUUUGCAUGGGCUAAUGAAGAAAUUUGUCAAGUAGAAAAAUCUACUCCAACCUUAGUGCCUUUAGAGUAUGAUUUAUUACAAGAAUUUGAUAUAAUUGAGUUAAGAAAUCGUUUGUUACUUUUACAUCAUUUUUCAUUAAUAAUCAAUCAAACAAUGCUAUUAUUUUUGCCAUUAAAUGGUGAAAUUAGUUUAGAUACCAUAAGACCAUAUAUGAUAUAUCCUGUUAAAGAAAGCAUUUUUAAAAAAGUACUUCAAUUGUCAAUGGUGAGAGAACAGCGACAUGGGCCUGUGUUUGAGUUAAACAGAAUUCGAACCCGAAAAACUCGUAAAUCUAUAACAAAUGAUUACACUCACACGGUUUUUGGUCAAAUGGUAAAUAACAUGGACUUUUUAGAUGAUGAUUCAUUGUUUUUGUAUCAUAGAGUUUGGAAAGUUCAGUUUGUUGGUGAGAGUGUUGAUGACUACGGUGGAGGUUAUAGUGAGAGUAUUACUGAAAUAUGUGAAGAACUGCAGAGUGGAUCCCUUCCAAUACUAAUUCAAACACCUAAUGGUAGAGAAGAUACUGGUACUAGUCGUGAUUGUUUUAUUAUAAAUCCAUCUGCUACUUCUAAAAUACACUUGAAAAUGUUUGAAUUCUUUGGUGUUUUAAUUGGUAUAGCAAUUCGGACGGGUAGCCCAUUAAGUAUUAACUUAGCUGAACCUAUGUGGAAGUUGUUAUGUGGAAUGAAACUUAUGCCUACAGAUCUCAUUGAAAUUGACAAAGAUUAUGUUCCUGGAUUAUUAUAUGUUCGAGACUUAGAAGGAGAAGAUGAGUUUACUAAUCUUGAUAUUUCAUUUUGCACUACAUCCUCAACAGGCCAAACUGUUGUUCUUAGUUCAGAACAUAAACUUGUUACCCAUUACAAUAAGCAUGAAUACAUACAAGCUUGUUUAGAUUUUAGAUUACAUGAAUUUGAUUUACAAAUAAAAGCUGUACGAAAUGGCAUGGCUAGAGUAAUACCAGUUCCUUUGUUAUCACUUUUUACAAAUACUGAAUUAGAGUCUAUGGUAUGUGGAUCACCGGAAAUUCCUAUUAAUAUGUUACUCAGUAUUGUUUCUUACAAGGGUAUUGAGCCAAAUGAUAAACUAGUACAAUGGUUUUGGGAAAUUUUAACUGAAUUUUCUACACAUGAACGUUCUUUAUUUUUAAGAUUUGUUUGGGGUCGUACUAGAUUACCAAGAACUAUAGAAGAUUUUCGAGGAAGAGAUUUUGUAUUGCAUGUUAUUGACCGAUAUUCACCUCCUGAUCACUUUUUACCAGAAAGUUACACAUGCUUUUUUCUUCUUAAAAUACCACGAUAUAGUAAUAAAGAUAUAAUGAAUGAAAAACUUAAAUAUGCAAUUCAUUUUUGCAAAUCAAUAGAUACUGAUGAUUAUGCUAGAAUAGCGUUACCUCGAAGUAUAGAUGGAUCAUCUAUUGAUACUGAAAGUUUAGUCAGUGAUGACGAUUAAAAGACUUGAAAGAUAUAAUUUUCUUUUUAAUUAACCUAUUAUUAUUUUAAUUUAUAUGAUAAUGUUUAUCUCUUUUUGUUAACAUCUAACUAUUUAGCUAUUAAUGUUUUUUUUAUUUUUAUUUAAUAAUGACCUUAUAAUUCAUUUUUUUAGGUAAUUUUUCAAUAACUAUCUUGAUAAAAAUUUGUGUAUUAAUAAGAAAAAAUAUAAGAACGAUGUAAUAGAAAAUAUGAAUGAAAUUAAU